UGUAAAUGAGCAAAGAUGGAUCAGGAAGGUGGGGGAGAUGGGCAGAAGGCCCCGAGCUUCCAGUGGCGAAACUACAAGCUCAUCGUGGAUCCUGCCUUGGACCCUGCCCUGCGCAGGCCUUCUCAGAAGGUGUACCGCUACGAUGGAGUCCACUUCAGUGUCAACGACUCAAAGUAUAUACCAGUCGAAGACCUCCAAGACCCCCGUUGCCAUGUCAGGUCAAAAAACAGAGAUUUUUCCCUCCCAGUCCCUAAGUUUAAGCUGGAUGAAUUCUAUAUCGGACAAAUCCCACUGAAGGAAGUGACUUUCGCAAGGCUGAAUGACAACGUGCGGGAGACCUUCCUGAAGGAUAUGUGCCGAAAGUAUGGUGAGGUGGAAGAGGUAGAGAUCCUUCUUCACCCCCGUACUCGCAAGCACUUGGGCCUGGCCCGUGUGCUCUUCACCAGCACUCGGGGUGCCAAGGAAACAGUCAAAAACCUCCACCUUACCUCCGUCAUGGGCAAUAUCAUCCACGCCCAGCUCGACAUCAAAGGACAACAACGAAUGAAGUACUAUGAACUAAUUGUCAACGGCUCCUACACCCCUCAGACUGUACCCACCGGGGGCAAGGCCCUGAGUGAGAAGUUCCAGGGCUCUGGUGCAGCCACUGAGACGACUGAAUCCCGCCGCCGCUCGUCCUCUGACACGGCUGCCUACCCGGCAGGCACUGCUGUGGUGGGCACCCCUGGCAAUGGCACCCCCUGUUCCCAGGACACAAGCUUCUCCAGCAGCCGACAAGAUACCCCAUCUUCCUUUGGCCAGUUCACCCCUCAGUCCUCCCAAGGAACCCCCUACACGUCACGGGGCAGCACCCCCUACUCUCAGGACUCUGCCUACUCCAGCAGCACCACUUCAACCUCCUUUAAGCCCCGGCGGUCAGAGAACAGCUACCAAGAUUCCUUUUCCCGCCGCCAUUUCUCUGCAUCUUCGGCCUCCACAACCGCCUCUACCGCCAUCUCAGCCACCACUGCAGCCACCUCCGCAUCUUCCUCCUCUUCCUCCUCGUCCUCGUCCUCCUCAUCGUCCUCUUCCUCAUCAUCCUCUCAAUUUCGUGGUUCUGACUCAAACUACCCAGCAUAUUAUGAAAGCUGGAAUCGCUACCAGCGCCAUACUUCCUACCCACCCCGCCGGGCAACUCGAGAGGAGCCCCCCAGUGCCCCUUUUGCCGAAAACACGGCCGAGCGUUUCCCACCUUCCUAUACCUCCUACUUGCCCCCUGAGCCCAGCCGGCCCGCUGACCAGGACUACCGGCCUCCUGCCUCAGAGGCUCCACCCCCAGAACCUCCAGAACCCGGUGGAGGCGGGGGCAGCGGAGGGCCCAGCCCUGAGAGAGAAGAAGCUCGGACCUCUCCCCGCCCAACCUCACCUGCCCGUUCUGGCUCCCCAGCCCCAGAGACCACCAAUGAGAGUGUGCCCUUUGCUCAGCACAGCAGCCUGGAUUCCCGCAUCGAAAUGCUGCUGAAGGAGCAGCGCUCCAAGUUUUCUUUCCUGGCCUCUGACACAGAGGAGGAGGAAGAGAACAAUAGUACAGGCCCUGGGGCUAGAGAUACAGGGAUCGAGGUGCCUUCUGGGUCAGGUCAUGGGCCCUGCACACCCCCUCCGGCCCCAGCUAAUUUCGAGGAUGUGGCACCUGCAGGGAGUGUGGAGCCAGGAGCUACCCGGGAGUCUCCUAAGGCCAACGGACAGAACCAGGCUUCUCCAUGCUCUUCUGGAGAAGACAUGGAGAUCUCCGAUGAUGACAGGGGUGGCUCACCCCCUCCGGCUCCAACACCCCCACAGCAGCCUCCACCUCCUCCUCCUCCCCCUCCUCCUCCCCCACCCUACCUGCCUCCCCCACCCCCGCCCCACAUCUAUGACUUUGUGAACUCCCUGGAGCUCAUGGAUCGACUCGGGGCUCAGUGGGGAGGGAUGCCCAUGUCCUUCCAGAUGCAGACCCAGAUGUUAACUCGGCUCCACCAGCUGCGGCAGGGCAAGGGAUUGACUGCUGCCUCGGCUGGUCCCCCUGGUGGGGCCUUUGGGGAGGCCUUCCUCCCAUUCCCGCCGCCCCAAGAAACAGCAUAUGGCUUGCCCUAUCCUCUGUAUACGCAAGGGCAAGAAGGCCGAGGGGCAUACUCCCGGGAGGCCUACCAUCUGCCUUUGCCCAUGGCAGCCGAGCCCCUGCCCUCCUCCUCAAUCUUGGGAGAAGAGGCCCGGCUGCCUCCCAGGGAGGAAGCAGAGCUGGCAGAGGGCAAGGCCCUACCAUCAGCAGGCACCGUGGGACGCGUGCUGGCCACCCUAGUGCAAGAGAUGAAGAGCAUCAUGCAGCGAGACCUUAACCGCAAGAUGGUGGAGAAUGUGGCCUUUGGAGCCUUUGACCAGUGGUGGGAGAGCAAGGAAGAGAAGGCCAAGCCAUUCCAGAAUGCAGCCAAACAGCAAGCCAAGGAGGAGGAUAAAGAGAAGACAAAGCUCAAAGAACCUGGCCUGCUGUCCCUCGUAGACUGGGCCAAGAGCGGGGGUACCACGGGCAUCGAGGCUUUCGCCUUUGGGUCAGGGCUGCGAGGGGCCCUGCGGCUGCCUUCGUUCAAGGUAAAGCGGAAAGAGCCAUCGGAGAUUUCAGAGGCCAGUGAGGAAAAGAGGCCGCGGCCCUCUACUCCAGCUGAGGAAGAUGAAGAUGACCCUGAGCGAGAGAAGGAGGCUGCAGAGCCAGGACGCCCGGGGACCAAGCCUCCAAAGCGAGACGAAGAGCGAGGCAAGACCCAGGGCAAGCACCGCAAGUCAUUUGCUCUGGACAGCGAAGGGGAGGAGGCAUCCCAGGAGUCCUCCUCAGAAAAGGAUGAGGAGGAUGAUGAGGAAGAUGAGGAAGAUGAAGAGCGAGAGGAAGCUGUGGAUACCACCAAGAAGGAGACAGAGGCGUCAGAUGGCGAGGACGAGGAAAGCGAUUUGUCCUCCAAAUGUUCUCUGUAUGCUGACUCAGAUGGUGAAAAUGAUAGCACGUCGGAAUCUGAGAGCAGCAGUUCCUCCAGCUCCUCAUCUUCCUCCUCCUCGUCCUCCUCGUCUUCCUCGUCCUCUUCUUCAUCCGAGUCAUCCUCUGAAGAUGAAGAGGAAGAGGAGCAGCCAGCAGCCAUUCCCUCAGCCUCACCACCCCCCAGAGAAGUCCCAGCGCCCCUGCCUGCGCCUGUGGAAGAGCCCGAGCCAGAGAGGGUUGCAGGCUCCCCAGUUGCACCCUUGCCCGAACAGGAGAAGUCUCCAACAAGACCUGCAGGUCCCGCUGAGGAGCCACCUCCCAGUGCACCCCAGCCUCCUGCAGAGCCACCAGCUGGGCCCCCAGCCCCAACCCCCCGCCCUGAUGAGCGCCCCUCUUCUCCUAUUCCUCUUCUGCCCCCACCCAAGAAACGCCGGAAAACCGUCUCCUUCUCUGCAGUGGAGGAGGUGCCAGCCCCAGAGCCUCCCCCAGUUGCCCCACCACAGACCAAGUCUCCUGGCCCAGUCUGUCGCAAAGUCCCCCGGCCCGUGGAGCGGACCAUUCGCAACCUGCCCCUGGACCAUGCGUCCCUAGUCAAGAGCUGGCCCGAGGAGGUGCCCCGAGGAGGUCGGAGUCGUGCUGGAGGCCGAGGCCGCGCCACCGAGGAAGAAGAGGCUGAGCUAGGGACAGAAGUAGACCUGGCAGUACUGGCCGACCUGGCCCUGACUCCAGCUCGCCGUGGUCUGGCUACCCUGCCUACUGUUGACGACUCAGAGGCCACAGAGACCUCGGACGAGGCGGACCGCCCCAGCCCCCAGCUCUGUCACAUCCUUCUGGAGCAUAACUAUGCCCUGGCCAUUAAGCCCACGCCCUCCACACCAGCCCCUCGGCCCCCGGAGCCGGUCCCUGCCCCUGCAGCUCUCUUCAGCUCCCCAGCGGAUGAGGUCCUGGAGGCCCCUGAGGUGGUGGUGGCUGAGGCGGAGGAGCCAAAGCAGCAGCAGCAACUGCAGCAGCAAGAGGAGGGUGAGGAAGAGGAGGAAGAGGAAGAGGAGGAGUCCGAGUCCUCUGAGAGCAGCAGCAGCAGUAGCAGCGAUGGGGAAGGGGCUGGUCGGCGGCGCACCCUCCGCUCCCACACCCGCCGCCGGCGGCCUCCACCCCCACCCCCACCCCCGCCACCCCCCAACUUUGAGCCCCGCAGUGAGUUUGAGCAGAUGACCAUCCUGUAUGACAUUUGGAACUCGGGCCUGGACUUGGAAGACAUGAGCUAUCUGCGGCUCACGUAUGAGCGGCUGCUACAGCAGACAAGCGGGGCUGACUGGCUCAAUGACACCCACUGGGUCCAUCACACGAUCACCAACCUGAGCACUCCAAAACGCAAGCGGCGGCCCCAGGACGGGCCCCGAGAACACCAGACAGGCUCAGCCCGCAGCGAAGGCUACUACCCCAUCAGUAAGAAGGAGAAGGACAAGUACCUGGAUGUGUGCCCUGUCUCGGCCCGGCAGCUGGAAGGAGUGGACACUCAGGGGACUAACCGUGUGCUUUCCGAGCGCCGGUCUGAGCAGCGGCGGCUACUGAGUGCCAUCGGCACCUCUGCCAUCAUGGAUAGUGAUCUGCUAAAGCUAAACCAGCUCAAGUUCCGGAAGAAGAAGCUCCGGUUUGGCCGAAGCCGGAUCCAUGAGUGGGGUCUGUUUGCCAUGGAACCCAUCGCAGCUGACGAGAUGGUCAUCGAGUACGUGGGUCAGAACAUCCGCCAGAUGGUGGCCGACAUGCGGGAGAAGCGCUAUGUCCAGGAAGGCAUUGGCAGCAGCUACCUGUUCCGGGUGGACCACGACACCAUCAUCGAUGCUACCAAGUGUGGCAACCUGGCAAGGUUCAUCAACCACUGCUGCACGCCCAACUGCUAUGCCAAGGUGAUCACCAUAGAGUCACAGAAGAAGAUCGUGAUCUACUCCAAGCAGCCCAUCGGCGUGGAUGAGGAGAUCACCUACGACUACAAGUUCCCACUGGAGGACAACAAAAUCCCGUGUCUGUGCGGCACUGAGAGCUGCCGCGGCUCCCUUAACUGAGGUGGGGCAGGACUGGCGCCCACACUCCUAUUUAUUCCCCCUCAGUGCCCUGAGCUCCCAGCACCCCCCAGCCUUAGUGGGUUCAGCAGGGCCCACGUGCCCUCAUGUCCAGGUAUGGGGUUGGGGGACCUCAAGCCCAGCCAGGGAGCCUCAGCCCCUUGAGGCAGCUUCUGCCUCCCCUGUCACCCUUACCCACCGCCCCCUAAUUUUUUUUCUUUGCGGAGAAGAAGCUGUAAAUGUUUUGUAGCUGCCAGCAGCUGUUUCCUGUGGAAACCUGGGGUGCCGGCCUGUACAGAUCCUGUUCUUGGGGGGCUACACAGCCCUCUUGCUUUGUGUUAAUGGGGAAUUCCUCUUGUGCCCUGCGUGCACCCCUCCCCAGUUUAGGGGUCUCUAGGGGCAGUGGCCAUGUUCUCCCCCUGGGGGGGGCCCUGCGCCCCCAGUCCUGGGGACUCCGUGCCUGGAACCCUGCCUCAUCUUCUGUUCCUGCCAGACCCUGUGGGCCACUCUCCCACCCUGGUAUUGGGAGGCUCUAGCCAGGCCAGGAUGGUGGGGGGUGGGCCCUCCCUGUUGGGCUGGAUUGUAUAUAUGUUAAUAGCGCAAACCCAACGCCACAUUUUUAUAAUUGUGAUUAAACUUUAUUGUACAAAA